AUGUUUCUUCCAGCUCUUGUUUGCUUCAUCGUCUGCUAUCAAGGUGUCGAAGCUCUAAAGACCGGCGAAAUCCCGAAUGCGACGAUCACAAAGCAGUUUUGCACCUACUUCAAUACACUGCCCGAAGAGGCGAAAGAACUGUGGGCUGGAGAAGAUGUGAAAAGGUCGACUUUCUACAACGAUGUUCUUUGCACGGAGGAGUUCCAGAAUCUGCUCGAAGAGGUUGCUCCACUUGCCGGAUGCAAAACCGAUGAAAUUUCCGCGCAAAUUGACAAGACUUGCGGGGAGAUGCCCCGUGCUGAAGCUGAUUGCAGUGAAGUUGUGAAAAGCACGAAAUGUCACACCGAAGAGCUCGAAAAAGUGUGCAAAGUGGACAACGUUGACGCGAUGGCCAAGCAGUUCUACACGAUUUUCGCAAAGCUUCCGGAAUACUCGCACUGUGGAGCUGAGAUUCUCGCCGCGAUGAGC